ACUAUUUUUCUUCUAAGCAUAAUAAGUGAAGGGGGAAAUCUUGAUAGCAGAAAGGUGGGUGAGUGUCUGUUGUUGCCGUAUGUAUGGUAUGAGGUUGAAAAAAAUGGAGCUUGCAAAAAGAGUUAUGGUUUUUGGGCUGCUGCUAUCAUGGGCGGUUUUAAGCAUAGAAGUGCUGGCGGUGACGACUGAGGUUUUACCCUCAUGUGAUUUUCCGGCGGUCUACAACUUCGGUGACUCCAACUCCGAUACUGGAGGUAUAUCAGCUGCGUUUCUCCCGAUUACUUUACCAUAUGGCGAGACCUUCUUCCGCAAACCGUCGGGAAGGUCCUGCGAUGGGCGUCUCGUUAUAGACUUCAUUGCUGAGCAUUUGGCUUUACCAUACUUGAGCGCGUAUCUGGAUUCGGUGGGAAGCAACUACCGGCAUGGAGCGAAUUUCGCGACGGGUGGAUCCACCAUCCGGCAGCAGAAUGAGAGCAUAUUCGUGGCAGGGAUAAGCCCUUUCUCCCUCGACUUCCAGGUCGCCCAGUUUACCCAGUUCAAAGCACGCUCUAUCAACCUCUACAAUCAAGCGAGGAACAAAUCUAGCAGUAGUGAUCUGGCGAAACUGCCGAUACCCAGUGACUUCUCCAAGGCUUUGUAUACGCUGGACAUUGGACAGAAUGAUCUCUCGGUGGGGUUCAGGACGAUGAGCGACGCCCAGCUUCGAGCUACCAUUCCUGACAUUGUUGAUAAGUUCUCUACAGCAGUUCAGCAACUGUACCAACAAGGGGCGAGGACGUUCUGGGUACAUAACACAGGACCCAUCGGUUGCUUGCCCACGUUCAUGUUUUACCUUGGUACACCAAAGCCUGGAGUUCUGGAUCAGCAUGGGUGUCUCAAGUCUCACAACGACAUGGCUGAGGAGUUCAACAGGCAACUCAAGGACAGAGUGAUCAAACUCAGGAAACAACUCCCCCGUGCGGCCUUGACAUAUGUCGAUAUUUAUACAGCCAAAUCAAAACUUAUCUCCAAUGCCAGUGAUCAAGGGUUCGUUGCUCCUCUGAAGGUAUGUUGUGGGUACCAUGAAGGAUGGAAUCAUGUGUGGUGUGGAACGAAGGGGAAAAUUAAUAAUGGUAGCGAGGUCUAUGGUGCUUCUUGUAAGAACCCUUUAAGCUACAUUAUGUGGGAUGGAGUUCACUACUCUGAGGCAGCAAACAAGUGGAUUGCAGGCAAUAUUCUCUUUGGUGGACUGACCGACCCACCGGUUCCUCUCCUUAGAGCAUGUUACAGGGAUACUAACAUGUAGCGAUCACUGCCCAAAUGCCCCAAAUGUAUCGAUCUUAUCGGCUUUCUAUCAAAGCAGCAGACUAGCUUAUUAUUAUAUUAUUAGCUCUAUAACCUGUAGCUGAACUAAUAGAUCAAUUGGAAGACAUUAUAUAUGCGUUUUUGUCCA